AUGCCUCCGAAAAGGAAGGCAACUGGCAGUGGUAAUUCAGGACGGGCAUCCAAACGAUCCACGCCAGUCCCUGUUUCGGCUCCCCAGAGCGUCCGGAGCAGCGAUGAGUACUCAGAUCCCGGGGUUGCGGACGAUGAUGAAUAUGAUGGCGAUAGGUUGAAACAGGUUGUCGAGAAAUUUUCUCUUCAGGCCUUUAGUCAAAAGAAGAAAGCGGACAUCCAACGACAGGAUCCACAUUUCGGCUAUAAAGACUUCUCAUCCUUGCCUUUGAAGCCCGACCACGCUAACCGACCGCUAUGGAUCGAGCCGUUGAAGGGCACCAUCACGCUGGAAAGCUUCUCACCUCUAGCGCCCCAGGCACAAGAUUUCCUUACGACGAUAGCUGAGCCUCUAUCGAGACCUACGCAUUUGCACGAGUAUCGAUUAACGGGAAACAGUCUUUAUGCUGCGGUCUCAGUGGGCUUAUUACCAGGAGAUAUCAUUAACUUCCUGGAUCGUUUGUCCAAAACGCCGCUACCGGAAACGAUCAAGUCUUUCAUUGUCAAUUUCACCAAGUCGUAUGGAAAGAUAAAAGUUGUUUUGAAAUACAAUAGAUUCUUUGUGGAGAGCUCGGAUCCUGCCACUCUGCAGAUGUUGCUUCAAGAUGAAGUUAUUGGGCCGCAGAGAUUGCAAAACUCGGAGGGUAUAAUACAGCAGGCUGCUCCCAAAAUGGCAGGGUUGGUAAUUCCCGGAACUAAGGAUGCGGCUGGGGUGAAACAAAAUCCAGACCGAAAACCAAUGGAGGGAGAUACAAAUGGGCGGCCAAAAGAGGAUGGCCUCUUGGUUGAUCUGAGGGAAGAGGAUGAUGACGACGACCCAGCACAAGUCCACAGCUUUGAGAUCCCAAACACGGCCGUGGAAUCUGUUAAGGCUCGAUGCCAAAGUAUGGGCUGCCCAGCUCUUGAAGAAUAUGACUUUAGAAACGAUGAAAUCAACCCUACUCUAGAUAUCGACCUGAAGCCCAAUGCGCAAAUCCGCAGUUACCAAGAGAAAAGUUUGAGUAAAAUGUUUGGAAACGGACGAGCUAAGAGUGGAAUCAUCGUCCUGCCUUGUGGUGCAGGGAAAACCUUAGUUGGCAUAACAGCCGCCUGUACCAUCAAGAAAGGAACCAUUAUCCUUUGCACUAGCUCGAUGUCCGUUGUUCAGUGGAGGAACGAAUUUCUUCGGUGGUCUAAUAUUGAUCCUAGUGAUAUCGCCGUUUUCACUUCUGACAACAAGGAAAAAUUCCGGAGAAAUACUGGAAUUAUAGUCUCCACAUAUUCCAUGGUAUCUCAAACACGGGCUCGUUCCCACGAUGCGGAGAAAAUGAUGGAUUGGAUGCAAUCUCGGGAAUGGGGCUUGAUGAUCUUGGACGAGGUCCACGUCGUUCCAGCGUCGAUGUUCCGGAAGGUCACUUCGGCCAUUGCUACUCAGACCAAACUUGGGCUCACAGCUACUCUUCUUCGUGAGGAUGAUAAGAUCAAAGAUUUGAAUUUUUUGAUCGGUCCCAAGUUGUAUGAAGCCAACUGGAUGGAGUUGGCUGAACAGGGGCACAUCGCCAAAGUCCAGUGUGCUGAGGUGUGGUGCCCCAUGACAACGGAAUUCUAUACCGAGUAUAUGCGCGAGAAAUCUAGAAAAGCAGCGUUACUCUAUAUCAUGAAUCCGAGGAAGUUCCAGGCGUGUCAGUUUUUGAUUGAUUACCACGAAAAACGUGGAGACAAAGUCAUUGUUUUCUCUGACAAUGUUUACGCUCUCGAACGAUAUGCCCUGAAAUUGAACAAGGCCUACAUCUACGGCGGAACGCCUCAAAACGAACGAUUGCGAAUUCUAGAGAACUUCCAGCACAAUGAACAAGUCAAUACAAUCUUCCUGUCCAAGAUUGGUGAUACCUCGCUAGAUCUGCCUGAAGCGACUUGCUUGAUACAGAUCUCGUCACAUUACGGCUCUCGUCGUCAGGAAGCGCAACGUCUCGGACGUAUCCUACGUGCUAAACGAAGGAAUGAUGAGGGAUUCAACGCUUUCUUCUACUCCCUUGUAUCGAAAGAUACGGACGAGAUGUUUUACUCUUCCAAACGUCAAGCUUUCUUAGUUGACCAGGGAUACGCGUUUAAGGUGAUCACGCACCUUGAAGGAAUUGAGAACCUUGAAGGACUCGCAUACGCAACUCCGACGGAGCGUCGAGAACUUCUGCAAGAAGUCAUGCUGCAGAACGAAACCUCCGCAGCUGUAGAAGAAGUAGUGGACGAUCUUUUCAGCGAACGCUCAGGGGGACCGAAAGCGCGAGGUGCGGCGAAGAGAGUUGCAGUGAAACGUAGUGCGGCGACUUUGAGCGGCCUUGCCGGCGGUGAGGACAUGGCGUACAUCGAAUAUAAUAAAAGUAGGAAUAAACAGUUGAAGGAGAAGGUGGGACAUCACCCGCUAUUCAAGAAAAUUGAGCGCGACCGCCUGAAGAGAAAAAAAGCUCUUGGCCUCGAUAAAAAGUAG